AUGGCCUCCGGUUCUAAUAUUGGUGCUUCAAAUUCUAGCGAUGAUGAAGCAUGGGAACAAAGCGUUGCCGAACAUAAUCGCCAACUUGAUCGCAUCAUUGAGAAUGUGGUCAUCCAUGCCGCAAGUCUAUAUGUACAACCUACCAAUCUUGCCGUUAGAGCAAGGAGGCGGUAUAUUGAAAGAAGACGUGAGAUAGGUCAUGAAGGUGUGUUCGAGCAGUACUUUUCAGAAGAUCCAAUCUAUCCCCCAGAAUAUUUUCGAACAAGGUUUCUCAUGCGAAAGCCUUUGUUCGAACGUAUAAUGAAUAAGCUCGUUGCCACCGAUAGAUAUUUUCAACAACACCCUGAUGCAGCUGGCCGUCUUGGUAUGUCUCCAAUUCAAAAAUGUACUGCAGCCAUGAGGGUGUUGGCAUAUGGCACUUCAGCCGAUUUGCAUGACGAAUACUUACGAAUGAGCGCCCAAGCCAUUCGUAAAUCAGUCAACAAAUUUGUUGAAGGUGUCAUUUCCAAUUUCGGAGCUGAGUACCUCCGAAAACCUACUGAAGAAGAUAUGGCAGCUCUUCUUCAUAUCGGAGAACGGCGAGGGUUCCCAGGCAUGAUGGGUAGUAUUGAUUGUAGGCAUUGA